UUUCUCUAGCCUCUUCAAUUCAUAUCAAACCUGUUUGUCAAGUCAGUCAUGCCGCAGCACCUGUGGGAGGGACAGAUCUGUCCGGACACCUGCUCUAGGGACUGUCGCGGACUAUCGUUCCCUGUGGCACAAUAGUAUUCUUGUGUGGGAUCUAUGUUGACUUUGGGAGAGACGGAGACAAAUUCACGAAACAGCCUCUGUUCAACACAUAUUGUAAUCUGGAGAUCCUAAAGAUACCAGAUGAUGUCAAUCGAAGAGGCACUGAGUUUGAAGGAACGAAGUGAGGGCAUGGCAACUCGUGUGGAUGUGGCCUCUGGUGAGGUGGGCCAAGCAGGAGAUGCAGGUAUCAAGCCUGAGCUAGGCCCCAAAUCCUGUCUGAUUCCCAAACCCUUUUCACUGCAGAGGAACACCACAUUCCGCUCCAUCCUAGCCCCAAAGACACUCACAAUGACUCCACAGCCAUCUCAGGCCAUGCCCACUAUCUCCAGCAAACCAGAGCCUUGUCAGCCUAUUAGUGCCCCUGUGUCUGACUCAAGCAGCAUUGUGAAACUCGAUGCAGAGAGCACCACGAUACCUGAACUGACCAAUGCUCUCGAAGUUCCUUCAGCCAUAACACCCCAAACUGAAUCGACCCACACUACUGAACAAAACCAAACUGCUCCCUCCACAUCCCUUACUACCCCAAAAUCUGCGCCACCAGCUAGUACCACAUCUGACCCAACUGGAACCUCAGAGGUAAAUCAAGUCAGUCUUUCUGAACUGGACGAACAUGGCCCCUCUGAUACAGGCCACUCCGCCACUGGAACUGAGCCUGUACCAUCACCAUCAGUCACCUCAACUCCUCUUCAACCGCAGUCUGAAAACACUGUGAGUGAGCCCACCCCUCCGGUCAUCAGGCGCCGCGCUGGGAAGGAUCAGGCAGCCCACUUGGGAGGAGGCAGGAAGCGGCUGUCCAUGGAGCUCACCUCCAGGUUUGAGUCUGCUGGCCUCUCACUCCCCUCACAGCCACCAGCUAACCAGGAACGGGAACAGGUGACCAUGAGAGAGACUGCAGUCCCCAAAGUGUCAGUCCUCGGGGCAAAAGAGGAAGAGAAGGUCACUGAUUCACCAGGGUCACCGUCUGAACCAGAGUGCAGACUCAAGCACUCAACACCACUGAAGGAAGAGAGGGAUGGAGAAGGGGUAAAGGAGGAAGGAGAAAAGAAAGGGAACAGCAUACAACUGAGGAUCAGUCUGCUGCUGGACUCCUCCUCGAGACCAGAGGCUCUGACCAAUAGGGAGGAAGUACCUCGUCCAAUGAAACAUGCAGUUAGCUCUGGUGGUGUGAAACAGCGGAUCAAAGACUGGGCAGCAGACACACCUCCUGUUCAGGCAUCCAAUCAGAGGGUGGAUGUUGCCCCUCAACCAUUCCCUGUCAGAGUUCACCCUGUGUUGAGUGUCACUGGGGGGUCGUUGGCGACGAGCAAAAGCGUUCAGCUAGCUCCUCGAGUGGACAAGGCUUCCACCCUACUUCACGCUGGACAUUCUGGGAUAGAAGAUGAGGAGGAGGAGGAUGAAGACGAGGAGGAGGGAGAGAAGGAUGAGGACGUGGUACCACUCUACAAAACAGUAGGGAUACGUCUUGGACAGGAAGAUGGAGGGAAAAAACAGGAGCUAGUGGUUGAUCAAAUAGGGAAAGAGAUGGAGGCUAAGGUAAAAGAGGAGGAAAAACUUGCAGAAGUCGAUAAAUUAAAACAGCUGGAACUAGAAGAGAGACAGGCAGAAGAUGAGAGGGAGAGAGAAAGACAAAAGGUAGUGGAGAGGGAAAGGGAGAGACAGAGAGAGGAGGAAGAGAGAAAGAGGGAAGAAGAAGAGGAGAGAAAAAGACAAAGAGAAAUGGAGAGGGAAAUACAGAGACAGAGACAGAGAGAGGAGGAAAGGGAUAGGGAGAGACAGAGAGAUAAAGAAGAGAGAGAGAGAAAUAGGAAAGAAGAAAAGGAGAGAGAAAGACAGAUAGAAUUUGAGAAGGAAAGGGAGCGACAGAGAGAGGAGGAGAGGGAUAGGGAGAGACAGAGAAAUGAAGAAGAGAGAGAGAGAAAUAGGAAAGAAGAGGAGGAGAGAGAAAGACAGAUAGAACUUGAGAAGGAAAGGGAGAGACAGAGAAAUGAAGAAGAGAGAGAGAGAAAGAGGAAAGAAGAGAAGGAGAGAGAAAGACAGAUAGAACUUGAGAAGGAAAGGGAGAGACAGAGAGAUGAAGAAGAGAGAGAGAGAAAGAGGAAAGAAGAGAAGGAGAGAGAAAGACAGAUAGAACUUGAGAAGGAAAGGGAGAGACAGAGAGAGGAGGACGAGAGAAAGAGGAAAGAAGAGGAGAGAGAAAGACAGAUAGAACUUGAGAAGGAAAGGGAGAGACAGAGAGAGGAGGAAGAGAGAAAGAGGAAAGAAGAGAAGGAGAGAGAAAGACAGAUAGAACUUGAGAAGGAAAGGGAGAGACAGAGAGAGGAGGACGAGAGAAAGAGGAAAGAAGAGGAGAGAGAAAGACAGAUAGAACAUGAGAAGGAAAGGGAGAGACAGAGAGAGGAGGAAGAGAGAAAGAGGAAAGAAGAGAAGGAGAGAGAAAGAAAGAUAGAACUUGAGAAGGAAAGGGAGAGACAGAGAGAGGAGGACGAGAGAGAGAGAAAGAGGAAAGAAGAGAAGGAGAGAGAAAGACAGAUAGAACUUGAGAAGGAAAGGGAGAGACAGAGAGAGGAGGAAGAGAGAAAGAGGAAAGAAGAGGAGAGAGAAAGACAGAUAGAACUUGAGAAGGAAAUGGAGAGACAGCGAGAGGAGGAAGAGAGAAAGAGGAAAGAAGAGGAGAGAGAAAGACAGAUAGAACUUGAGAAGGAAAGGGAGAGACAGAGAGAGGAGGAAGAGAGAAAGAGGAAAGAAGAGGAGAGAGAAAGACAGAUAGAACUUGAGAAGGAAAGGGAGAGACAGAGAGAGGAGGAAGAGAGAAAGAGGAAAGAAGAGGAGAGAGAAAGACAGAUAGAACUUGAGAAGGAAAGGGAGAGACAGAGAGAGGGGGAAGAGAGAAAGAGGAAAGAAGAGGAGAGAGAAAGACAGAUAGAACUUGAGAAGGAAAGGGAGAGACAGAGAGAGGAGGAAGAGAGAAAGAGGAAAGAAGAGAAGGGAGAAAGACAGAGAGAAGUGGAAAGGGAAAAGGAGAGACAGGUAGAGGAAGGAGAGAGGGGGAAGCUUAGGAUGAAAGAGGAGAGAUUGAGAGAGAAGAAAAGGGAGAAACUCAAAGAAAAAGAGCGAGAAAUGGAAAUACAGAGAGCGGAGCAAAGGAUGCAGGAAGAUGAGAUAAAGAGAGAAGAAGAUCGGGAGAAAGAAGAAGCAGUGUCCCCAAUCCAAUUCAUCACUCUUAAACCUGACCAACCUCCCAAGCCAGAGCCUCCUUCCUCAACUACCGUCCCCAUCAUAGAACCAAUACCAAAAGAAGAGAAGCAGCCUCACAUCGAGGUGGUCUACGACGACUUCUCUGUCAAAGAGGAGAAGCCUCUUAUCAAGAUGGUCUAUGAUGAUUUCUCCGUCAAGCCCCGGCGGUGGGGGUCUCAGGCCAGGUUCCUUGCUGACCGUGCCCAGGUCAAGUCACCCUCCCCUGGAACAGAGGAGCCUGAGUCACUGGGCUCCUCGGAAACCGACCUCCAGAGAACCGUUGUUGACACCCAGGAGCCAGCCCAAGAGAGUCCAGUCAGCGUCAAACCUCACCCAGCUGAGAGGGAUCUAGAGGGGGGAGUCCCCACCCCAAAGGAUGGGACAGAGAAUACGAAGGAGAAGAAAAAGAAGGAGGAAGAGAAGUAUAAGGAGGAGGGCACCAGCAUGGACAUGGAGGAGGUUCAGUUGACGUGUUAUGUGGGGGCAGGAGAGGGACGUGACACAGAGUCUCUGAUUGGUGGAGAGCCAGACAAGCAGUACGGGGGCUGUGACACGAGACUGUCUGAGGAUGACUGUCGGCAGACAACAGAGGACCAGAUCUCACCUGUCAUCACACCAGUUGAGCCUAACAGUACGUCUCCACUAGAAGAAACAGAGGACCAGAUCUCGCCUGUCAUCACACCAGAUGAGCCUGACAGUACAUAUCCACUAGAAGAGACAGAGGACCAGAUCUCGCCUGUCAUCACACCAGAUGAGCCUGACAGUACGUCUCCACUAGAAGAAACAGAGGACCAGAUCUCGCCUGUCUUCACACCAGAUGAGCCUGACAGUACGUCACCACUAGAAGAAAAUGAGGACCCAUUACCCUUUCCUGAUAUCUCCGCCCCUCUAUUGGACACCAGUGUUCUGCGUGCGAGGGCAGAGCUGAGGAAGAGUCGACGAACCCGCCCCACUCGAGCUUUCCGUCAGAGCUCUACCACAAUAAUGCUUGAGGAAGACCCGGUCCACGACUGGAGGUUCUAUGACUCCUCAGAUAAGCUAGACUCUCUGAUACGGGGGGAUUGUGCGUCUGGUGAGGAGCAGCCUAGAGGGAGGGAGGUUUGUUCACAACCUUCCCAGCCCCAGAGAAUAGCCCUCUUCUCUGGAAUGGACCCGUCUGCCCUCAAGGCCCAACUGAAGAAGCGAGGAGGUGGUGGUGGAGGAGGAGGUGGUGGAGCCGGUGGAGGUGAAGGAGUAAACACAGACCGUCAGACAGACAGACUUUCCCCUUCCCCCUCUCAGCUCUCCCGCUCUCCAAGACGUUCCUCCUUCCUCCCCGGGAUGUCACGAGUGCUUCCCCCUGUAGGGAACAAAGGUGCAGGGGGGGACAAGUCUCCUUCAUGGCUGCGGGAACUCAAGUCUAAGAAGCGCUCGAGUCAAUACAACAGUGAGGCCUAACUGGGCAGAGCAGGGAGAUACCAUUGACAAGGAGAUCAUUCAACUGCUACUGCAGUUGUUGCCGACAAACACAGCUGUGGGCUGGACUCCAAUCAUGUACCUUUUCAAAAACACACUUUUUUAAUGAAUGAACUAUGCAAGACAAUGGAGAUGCAUUGGAUACUUCCCUGCGUUGUGACCACCUUUUUCCACUUUCCUAUUUCACAAAGGAACUAUGAGCAUGUAGAUACUUUAUUUGCAACACACACACACACACACACACACACACACACACACACAGAUGAUUCGAGGAGUGGACUCAAAAUGCCAUUUUCUGUUAAUUUGCAACAUUUGCCUCUUAUCCCAGGCCACUGUAUUUUCUAGACUGUAUCUCUCCAUCCAUCCAUACUUGCAUUCCAGAUUCACUUGACAUAAUUACCAUGUGUGUUUAGGUCAUGCACACAAAUAUCCACAAUACCACGAUGUUCACAAACUACUUGAAUUGUACAUGUUUUGCCACCUAGCCAUGAACUCUCUUUCUUCCUCGAUGAAUCUCUUGUUUUGAACUAACCCAUCUGUUUCUCUGCUCUUAUGUUAUAUACUCACUCGCUGCUCGGAUGAGCUGCUCUUGAUAAAAGUAUCUGCUAGAUAAAUUGAAAUGAUCUCUACUCUAUCCAAACAGGAAUUAUAAUUGUUUUGGUUCCGUUCCACUGUUCUGACCAGCAAAAUAAAGUUCUGAACCGGUUCAAACCCCCAAAAAGUA